AUGGCGCUCGUCGAACAGGGCGUCAGCAUCGAAAACAACAACUUUAACCCCGGGGCUGAAGGCUUAGCCUUGGAACGCAUCUUCAAACAGUCAUGGGGCGCAGAAGCCGAACCAAAGUUUGUUGAAAAGUGGGAGACAACCCUUGCGGGAAGGAUGGAUGGAUUCGAGGCUAUCCUUAGUAAACAAAAGUACAUUGGGGGAAAUGAGCUGACCUAUGCCGACUUCUUCUUUUUGCCCUACGGCGAAAUCCUCAUCAAGUUGGGAUACGACUACUUGACGAACGAAGAGAAAUACCCGCACGUCGCUCGUUGGUGGAAGGAGCUGUCGUCGCGAGAGUCUUGGCAGAAAGCCAAGGGAGGAAUCAAAGGGAUUGAUGCUUAG